UGGAGCCCGGCUCGACCUGCGCCGUCUUCGGCCUGGGCGGCGUCGGGCUGGCGGCCAUCAUGGGCUGCAAGGUGGCCGGCGCGGCCCGCAUCAUCGGCGUGGACAUCAACAAGGACAAGUUCGCGAGGGCCAAGGAGUUCGGUGCCUCCGAGUGCCUGAGCCCGCAGGACUUCAGCAAGCCCAUCCAGGAGGUGCUGGUGGACAUGACCGACGGGGGCGUGGACUUCUCCUUCGAGUGCAUCGGCAACGUGCAGGUCAUGAGAGCGGCCCUGGAGGCCUGCCACAAGGGCUGGGGCGUCAGCGUGGUGGUGGGGGUCGCGGCCGCAGGGCAGGAGAUCGCCACGCGGCCCUUCCAGCUGGUGACCGGCCGCACCUGGAAAGGCACGGCCUUCGGAGGUAACGCGCUGUCCCCGCCGCCGGGAGAGGGGUGCCCGGCCCACGGCCCCCGCAGGCUCAGGUCC